AUUAUUUUUAUAAUAAAAUAUUUUAAUUAAAGAAUGAUCUUCAUUGUUAUUUAUUAUAAAACAACACAUUAAUAACUAAUCGAAUGUCACGUAAACGACCAUCAUUUAUGGUACAUGAUUUAUUAAGAGAAACUGAUAUAACAUUGAAACAUUGGCAACAUGAAGAUAUUUUCAAUUUUCCAACUAAAAAGAAAGUUUUAUUAGAUGAUCACGUUGAUGAUGAUGGCGAUGAUGGUGAUGAUGAUGAUGAUGAUGGUGAUGAUGAUGAUGAUGAUGCUAUCAGUCAUAAUAUAGAGGAUAUUGACAACUUCUCUAAAUUGUAUAGUAAUAAGAUAAAUUUAAUUAAUCAACAGUAUAAAUCUCAUCAUUCCAGUUUAUUUAAUGUAUACACAAGGAAUUGGGAUAAUUAUUUAUUUAGUGUAAAACAUACAAUUCCAUUGGAUAAAGAAGAACAUUCUAUUACAAUUGAUUUAAUGAAUACACAUCGAUUGAAUAGUGAAAAUGAAAAGGCUAAUCAUUCCAAUUCAAUGUAUUUAACAACAACAACAACAACAACAACAUCAUCCUCAUCCUUAUCUUCAUCCUCAUCAUCAACAUCUUCAUCAGCAUUCAUAACAAAAUUUAAUAAAACUAAUGAAAAUGAAAUUUUAUUUUAUCAUGAUAAUAUAAAUAAAAAAUUCAUGAAAAAAUCAAGAAAAGCAAGAACAGCCUUUACUGAUUAUCAAUUAACUGAAUUAGAACAAAGUUUUGAUCGUCAAAAAUAUUUAGCUGUACAAGAUCGAAUGGAAUUAGCAAGUAAAUUAAGUUUAUCAGAUAGACAAGUUAAAACAUGGUAUCAGAAUAGAAGAACAAAAUGGAAACGUCAAACAGCUGUUGGUCUUGAAUUAAUGACAGAAGCUGAAAAUUUUAUAGCAGUUCAACGUUUAAUAGAACAAAGUCCAUUUUGGGCAUAUCAUCCAACAGUAAGAUAUAUUUUAUCUAAUAUAGAUCUUAUUCAUAAAUCAUCAUCAACGGUUACAACAAUGACAUCAACUAUAACUACAUUAACAACAACAAAACCAAUAACAAUUGGAAUAUCAUUAAAUAAUCAUGAAAAGAAUUUAUCAUUUUUUCAAAAUCCACCACCACCACCACCACCGGCAUUAGCAACAACAACAACAGAGACAAAUCAGUUGACAACAACAAGUUUAAAUGUCGAUAAUGAUCAUUUUCAUCAUCUUCAUCAUCAACAUCAACAUCACCAUCACCAUCAUCAUCAUUAUAAACAACAUCUUCAAAGUUCUAGGAUUUUAAAUACAUUACCAAUUACAACAAACUCAUUACAUAAUGAUAAUAAUGUUAAUAUAAAAUCAUCAUUAUUAUUUAUUCCUUCAUCAGAUAAUAGUACAUCAUUACAUACAAAAUUGAUUAGUUCAGAACAAUUAGAAAUGAGAAAGAAAUUAAUACAUUCAUCUAAAAAUCAAUCAAUAUCCAAUCAAACAUUUGAUAUACAACAAUUAUGGUCAAUAAAACCAUCUAUCAAUCAAUCAAUCAAUAAUGAUUGUUCACAUCUUUCUACAUCAUUAUCAUUAUCAUCAUUAUCUUCAUCUGUUACUGGUAUUUGUAAUUCUUUAAUUGAAGGUACUUGA